UCGUCGUGUCGUCGUGUGAUGAACUUGAACGCCGCCACAGAACAGCCGCCCUUCGAACCGUCGACAGUCGCAUCGCACUUUCAGCACUCAGCGUUUGGCAAAUAGUGCGAACCAAGAGCAGGAAGCGUUGUGGUUCGUUCUUGCUGCGAGAAAAGACAAGCGGUGCGGUACAAGUGCGGUACGAGGCAUCCCAAAGAUCCCCAGAUCCCGAGAUUCUAAAACUCUGAGAUUCUUCGAUUCUGAGAUUCUUCGAUUUCGAGAUCCCGAGUUGCGAGGUGUGGAGGCGCUCGUAAAAUCAGACAGCAAAUCAGAAUUUUAUGUGUUAGUUUCCGUUUAGUGCGCUUUUGGCCGUAAAUUUAUUCCAAACUCAAAAGCGAAAUAAAAAAAAAAACAAAAAACAAACGAGGAACGUGCGACGGAUUUCCGCGCCGAAACAGACAGCCAACUGCGAAGACAAAAAGAGCUCCAGCAACAGGAAACGGGCUAGGAAGUCGCCAGCAGCCAGCAGCCAUCAGCCAUCAGCACUGCCAAUUGUGCAGCAAGACGCGUGCUGCAGGAUUGGCUGCGCCCCACAGCGGCAACACCAGCAGGAGCAACACCAGCAACACCAGCCACACCAGCGGCAACUUGUUUUGUCUAUCCUUAAGUUCCUUUGUGCAUCAUGCACGACUCCGGCAAACCGUCCCCCGCCACCAGCCCCACCAUCCCGCCCAAACAGCAGGCAGCGACGCUCCAGUCGCCGGCAGCGGCGGCGGCGGUCAGCGGACUGGACCCGGCGGACGACGAGGACGAGACCGACGUGAUCGGCGACCUGAUGGGCCACUACGGCAAGUGGCAGCUGCUGAUGACGGUGCUGCUGUCGCUCUUCCAGGUGCCCAAUACCUUCCACAUAUCCUCGUCCAUCUACCAGGCGGCCAACAAGGAUUUCUGGUGCCAGCGACCGGCGCAAUUUCAGCAUGUGCCAGUGGAUGUCUGGCGGAAUAUUAGUGGUUCCGUGGACAACUGCCAGAGGUGGGAGGGCAUCGAUUGGAGUCAGGUUUCCAAUGAGACCGCGGUGCCUCCGGAGUGGAAGAAACCUCUGGAGGUGGAUAGGAAAUUGGUGGCCUGCGAGAAGUGGGAGUACGAGACCAACGACAACGUGGGCAACACCUGGACCUCCCAGUGGGAUCUGGUGUGCGAGAAGGAGCACCUGAAGAACGUGGCCGAGAUGUUCUUCCUGCUCGGCGUGGCAACAGGUGGCAUUAUCUCCGGAUAUUUAUCGGACAAGUUCGGUCGCAAGACAAUGCUCUUCAUAUCGGCCGUGCUGCAGACCAUAUUCGGUCUUGGGCUCUACAUCUGCAGCUCCUUCGAGCUAUAUCUCACACUUCGCGCUCUGCUCGGCCUGGUAUCGGUGUCGGUGACCUACUCCGGCCUGAUCCUGGCCAUCGAGUACGUGGAUGGCAAGUGGAGGACCAUCGCCGGGAUGUACAACCUGUUUCCACUGCCAAUCUCCUACAUGAUCAUAUCGGGCCUGGCCUAUUUGACCCAGGACUAUCAACGCCUGCAGCUCUGCAUUGGAAUUCCGGGGAUUUUUCUCUGUUUCCUCUGGUUUGUGGUGCCGGAAUCGCCGCGCUGGCUGCUGGUCAAAGGUCGAAUCGAUGAGGUGCGUCGGAUCAUUGAGGCGGCGGCCAAGUUCAAUGGUCGCCAGCUGCCCGCCGACUAUCAGCUGACUCCUCCCACGCAGGAGAGCAGUUCGCAGGAUGUGACCUACCUGUUCCGCUCCAGCUACCUGCGACGCAUCUCCAUCUGCUUCUUCUGCAUCUGGUUCACCAUGAACCUGGUCUACUAUGGCAUUAUACUCAACAUGAGCUCCUUCGGCGGCAAUGUCUACUUGAAUUCGGCGCUAGCUGGCCUAGUCGAAAUACCCGCCAUCGCCGUGGCCAUGUACAUCAUCACCAAGGUGGGCAAGAAGUGGCUCUUCUGCGCCACUUUGAUCUGUGCCGGCGUCGCCUGCUGCUGUGCGGCCAUCACCGAGGGUCAAGCGGAUCUGCUCUGGCUGAAGAUCACAUUCCUGAUGAUGGGCAAGUUCACCAUAAGUGCGGGCAACACCAUAAUGCCGGUAUACACGGCGGAACUCUAUCCCACGCCCAUUCGCAAUGUGGGCGUUGGGGCCUGCAAUGUGGCCGCCGGCGUGGCCCUGAUCCUCACCCCCUACCUUUCGCUCCUGAACAAGAUUGAGGGUCACCUGCUGAUGACCCUGCUGACCGCCUGGAGCAUCUUUGGUGGCUUCGUGGUGCUCUUCCUGCCCGAGACCGCGGUGCGUUCAAAGGGCGACAACCAGGGCGGCUCCCAUGCCAGUGCCAAUGCCAAUGCCAGUGCCGCCAAGCAGGUGUAAUGACCGCUAAUGCCAAUCCCCACGUGCUCAGCCCCCGAGGAACAAAGUAUUUUGGCUGGUCCAAAGUAUGCCGAUUAGAGGUCAGAAGGCUUUCUCUGCCCCCCACUUAACCACGCCCCCUCCAACCUGCCACGCCUCCCGACAUAUCCACCGCCUGAAGCCACCUACAAUUUAUGGUAACGAUUCGACGAUUGUCCACGAGUAAUGCCAAUUCGCUAGAGAAUGUCACAUGUCAGGCAGGACCUUGUUUGCGUAGCUUGUAGUGAGUAUGUAUCUUAACAAUUAACUAACAAUGGCUUGUAGCUUAUGUCGUAGUCUAAGUACUGAAAACACACACAACACCCGGAAUGUCAUUAAAAGCAACUCUAAGUAGAUUAAGUUCUUCGGUUCCCAUCGAAGGUAAUAAACUUGGCCAAAUCUUAGGGAGGGCUUGCAAGGGGAGUUUACUAAGUUAUUUUUGUUAAAAUAAUUUUAAUUUCUAUACGAAAACAAAUACAUUUUAUUCUACAUUUUAAUAUUCAGAUACAUUUUUAAAGCAUUACUCCAUCAAUAAUUUGCACCUCCCUAGGAAAAGUUUAUGAAAUGGAAAUUUUUGAAAUACCCAGUUAACCACCCUGAAUACAGAGCGUUGCAAUAACUGUGUGCUAAUUUAAUUAAAAACGAAUCAAAGCUCACACAAAGAGAAAUCAAGAAAAACACAAAUUAUAAUGUUGUCAAUAUCUCAACGUAUUCAUAAUCUCGUCGUCGUCGUCGUCGUCUUCUUGUUGUCUAUUAAUAAAUGUUUUCCAAAUACGAGAUCAAUAAGCAAAGUAUCUAAAUCUUCCAGGGAAAUGAGAAUGGCAGAUUCAAGCGACAAAUUGUAAUCUCUAGUAAUUGUAGUCAAUUAAUCCUUAGUCUACAGGUACCCCAAAAGAAAACUUAUAUACAACAGAUCAGUCUCUAGGUAUGGGUCAAUUAUGGAUUUGUAUAUACGUAUGCCUGUCAUACAAGGAGUUUUAUUGUUUGGAGUCAUAUUAAACAAUAUAUGUAUGUAUAUGAAAUGAACAAAAUAAAUUUCCAAUAUAAUGCAUUUAACAAUGUAUACAAUUAUGUGUAUAUGGAUAUGUGUGCGUUUGUGUAUGUAUAUGUAGUGCAGAAAACAAAAAAAAAACAAUCAAAUUAGAAAAUGCAAACCUGUUGAAUUACUUGUUGUACUUACCUACCAAGUUGUUAUUUGCUCAUUUGGAUUUGGUACUAUUUUCCGUACUUUUAUUUCGCUUAUUUUAUGGUUAUUUUUUUGUUGCCUAUUGUACUUACCCGCUAAGAUGAAACCAGCUUUGUUAUGUACUUGUCAUAAGUAAGAGAUUUUUUUAAGCUUCAAAACUAAACGGAAUACCCGAAUCUAAAACAAAAUGAAAUUAAUUGUUAAGUUAAGUGUUGGGACGAAGCACUUGAAUAAAUUUAUGAGAAUUGUUGUAAAUCAAAAUUACCAAAGCAAACGCAAUUAUAGUGUCAAAAUAAAGUAUAAAUAAAUAAAUAAAUUCGGAA